UUGUUCAUAAAUUAUCAACAGCUAAAUUUAGUUUCGUGAGUGAGGUUGAAAUGGACAAAACAUUGUUCUCAACAUUGUUCUUGUAUUAUUUAAUACAUUUUACUCAUGGAAAGCGUGGUUUUGAUAUAUAUUUGAAUGAAGUAAAUUGCACCUCCAAUCCAAAAUUUGUCCAUACAUCUGUUUGUUUCAUUGAUAAAGCUCAAUAUAAGCAAGGACGAUUAUUUCUGGAUUUUCUUAUAAUCGACGAUAUUCCAAAAUUUUCUAUUUCAUUGGAAAUAUUUAUUAUCAGAAGUGCUAAUGAAAAGUUUUCUUUGAUAAAUUUAAAAAACUACGACGGAUGUGCAUUUCUUGGAGAAAAAUCUGAAACAAAUUUAGUGAAUAUUUACAAAGAGAUAUUGGCCAAAGCUGGAGAAUUACCAAUAUGCCCUCUUUCAAAAGACCUUAAACUUUCAUUUAAAAAUCUUGGAAUUGAUGCCGAUAAAUUUCCACCAUAUUUACCUGAUGCAAAUUUUUCAGCUGUGGCCGAAUUUAAAGUUAAUAAUGAAUUUUGUUAUUUGGUGCAACUCGAUGGAAGUGUUGUUCAAAAACGUAAAUUCGGAUAAAUUAUGAAUUUUUUUAUGUUGAAUGAAAAUGAAAAAAUAAACUUAUUUAUG